AUGAUACUCAAGACCCUCUUCAAAAAAGACCGUCGCCAUUUCUCCUUCGCCUCCAAAUCAACAUCCCCCCUUUCCUCAACCCCUACCUCCACCUCGACCUCCGCCUCCCCAUCAACUUCUUCAAGCGCCUCUCCUUCGUUAUUCCGCAGAAUGUCCAUCAAAAUGCAAGAAAAGCUUCCGUCAAAGGGCGUCCAAGUAUCAGCCUACAUCUCCCCCACCGUCGCCUCCUGGGGAACAUGCAGCAUCACUUUAACCGUGCCCGGCGAAACCGUCGUCUUCCAAUCCAGUAGUCCCCCUACUUCUUCAUCAUCAUCAGCAGCGUCCAGUCAGCAGCAGCAGCAAUUCUUCUCCCGCGCCAUCGAAGUGGAAGCCCGCAACAUCCCCUCUCUCUUUGACAAAAAAGGUCGUUUUUCGUUUCGCGUCAAUUUAGCCCUGGGCCAAGACAGCAACAACAACAAGCUGAUAACAGAGCAAUGGAUCGACAUCAAUGCCAUCACUGGUUUCGCCACGGGGGGAACCAUGGACAGUAUCGCUUCGACGCCGUCGAUUUUUUCGUGGGUGGAUCCCGAGGGUACCACCACACCCAACCGACGGAGGAGAGAAGUGGUGGUGACGUAUGGGUUCUACGAAUCCGGCCCCGCGGGGCAGGAUAUCUUGCCGAAGCGACACCAGUGCUACAUUACCGUUUCCUCCGCCGGCAGUCGCUGGAUGGAAGACCUGAUCCCCCCCGGAUCAUGGCAGGCCAAUCGAAGAUUCCGACGACUGGUGCUGCCCAGCGCGCACGACGCGGGCAUGAACAGCAUGGCGAGCAGCUCCAAGUUGCUCAGCAAGUUGGGCGGUGCGGUGGUGGGCACCUUGGUGCACGAUAAUCGGAUCAUGGCGGAGAUUGCGGACACGAUUUCGGGACCGGCGAUAGCGCUGAUUGCGCCGAAUAUCAUCUUUAGUCUGGCCAUGACGCAGAAAGAUAGCUUGGAUGCCAUGUUACGGAUUGGAGCCAGGUAUUUUGAGUUUCGCCCGGCGUACUGUCAUGCGGCGGUGAGGUCGGCGAUGCAGAGGGGGAAGGAUGGUCUACCCGACAAGUUGUAUUUCCAGCAUGGCGCGAUCCCGGGCAUGGGCUAUGAUGUGUUUUUGGCGGAUGUGGUAGCCUUCUUGCUGGCGCAUCAGGAGGAAAUUGUGGUGGUGCACCUGAGGUGGGAUGGCGUGCCGAAUGAGUGUGCGAGGCCGUCGGACCAGGAUAAGAGGGAGUAUCUUGACCAAGCGUUGAAGAUGGCGGGUGAUCGGAUAGUGACUGGGAACGAGAAUGACCUGAGACACGCGACGAUUGCACAGCUGAGGAGGGAUAAGAAGAGGCUGAUCAUGAUGGAGAGCGUGGAUAGCUUGUCGACGUAUACGGAUGAAGGAAAUGCCACGAUGGAUGGUCAGAGCAUUGUUGAUGCCUUCCCGAGGGUGCUCACCGAGGACAACUGGAAAGGCAAGGCUUUCAUCAACAUCCAGUGUCAGGCAACGGCGACGAACAUCCCGAAGGCCGUGGCGUAUUCAGUUUCGGAUGCGAGGACAACGUCGAGCUGUAUUCUGGCGACGAAGGCAACCUGUGAUUCCAAAACGUUGCCGUGGUGUAGGGAUAACGUUCUGAGGACGUGUGGGUACGACACGCUUGUCGUUAUGAUGAACGAUUUUAUUGACGGAGCGACGGCGGAUGUUGCAUUCCAACUCAGCAAACAGAGACUGAUGGCAUGAUUCCAAUGGCGUUGUUUAAGGGUAGAGGAUCAUCAGCAAAUUGUGUUUGCUGCAGCGACAUU